UCGAUGCAUUUAACAAGGCCAAAGUCCUCCAAAGGGCGAAGCAGACCGGCUGUUAACGACUCUCUGCAGAGGCCACCUUUGUCUCCAGAUUCUCCCAUGCACAGCAGGCCGGACAGAAACCUACGCUCCCAGUCCCAGCCCAUAAUGUGGCCCAGCCAGCUGAGCCAGGAUGGGGUCCUGCAGAUGUUGCAGCACUCCCCUGCAGCUCCAACGCAGUCCUUAAACAAGUACAAGGUGCUUCCAUCUAUAGGGAGAAGGCAGUCAGAUGUGGGGAGCCUGGACCAGAAGAUGUCCAAGCUCAGCCUGUCUGAUGAUGCUGUCCUGCAGCAGAGACACGAGGAGCCGGAUCCACCCACAGUGAAGGAUGUGACCCGGACCAGCAGCUCUGAAGUGGGCAAGAGAGCUGGGCCUAAGCCUCCUGACCCAGGACCGAUAAUGACCAAAGAAGCUGGCAGUUUGCUCCUAGCUAUCCGAGCACCAUGCGGUAGGAGGUUUCAGCAGCACUUUGAACCCACAGACACUCUGCUGAUGGUGAGAUCCAGUGCAGAGCUCAUGUAUGCAGCGGAGUAUGGAGAGGCUUCCAUCGAGACCAUGGAUCUGCCACGCAGGACCUUCACAGACAUGGAUAUGACCUUGGCCCAGUGUGGCAUCUUGAACAGAUCGGUGUUGUGCAUCUCACAGAAUGAAAGUGUGGAGGAGUACUAG